CAAACCCAAACCCAAACCAAAACCAAAUCAGAAAUCAUUCAACGACCAAGCAACUGCUCCCUCCUUCACUGUCUCCAUUCACAGGUAUGCCUUUCAAUUUUGUAUUUGAUCACUGCGCAAUGACUCCCCGUCUUUGAAUCUCCCGCCCCUACCUUCUCUUGCUUAGAUUAGAUCAAUUCGGCGGGUAAAUUCUGCUCUACUUCAUUAUCACCAAAAUUUUCAUUCUUAAUUUUACUUUGCUUUGGAUCCUUGCCCAAUAACAGGUUGGUUUGAUUGCUAAAGUAGCUAUGUAUUUUUAUAUUUUUUUGCAUAGUAAAGUUACUUUAGAUCAUGAGCGAUACAGUUUUGAUAUUGGGUCGUAGCCAAUUUGUAAGAUGAGGCUCUGUAGCAUUUUGAUCAAUGGAAAUGUUGCGUUUGCUUGCAAUAGCAAGUUAUUGUCCACAUCCGAAUUUGAUACUUACGGUUUAAUAUCCUGAAUUUUGGUUAACUCGUGUGAAAUUGGCUUGUUGGUCUGGCGAUGAAUUUGUUGGAUCACACUUGGGCUCGGAAAUACGAGCGCAAAUUGGAAUGAUUGAUCUCAAAGAGGAUCCAAUUUCAGAAAAUGCAGAGAUCUUCGCUGUUUUUUAAUAAAAUUGUGAACUAGUUCGAGUUGAUGCAAUUGAUGGCUUUCAUCUGCUGCGUGUGUAAUAGCUUUAUUUACCACAAUGCUACACAUGUUUCUCUGGAUUGAGUUUUUGUUUGUUUAAAUUAAUUUCUAAAGCUUCACGGCUUUUUAGUAUGUUGUUUUUGUUUAAACGGGAGAGUUCUUCAUUUUGGAUCUGUGUUUGAGUUUGAGCUAUUCUAUAUCUUGAUUGUUCCUCUGAUUCUUUGUAUUCUAUUCCAAAAAUGAAAACCAUGUUCAUGGUUGACACAAUUGGUGUACUCAACACUUGGUUUUAGUGAAUCGACUAGAUUCCUCAUGGCUAACUUGUAUUCUUUUACAAGUUUGAGUAACGCUUGAAAGGAGCUGGAUCUGUAUACUUUCUCCCUAUUUGUUAAAGAUGAGAGAGACUAGAGAUGGGGCCAAGAAAAACAUGCAUGCAAAAAAUCCAUCUGUUAGCUCACUUCCCCUCAUUUUGGAUGUUGAUGAUUUUAAGGGCGAUUUUUCUUUCGAUGCAUUGUUUGGAAAUUUGGUGAAUGAGCUCCUUCCAUCAUUUCAAGAGGAAGAAACUGAUUCAGUAGACGGACACAACAUUAGCAAUGAUGUUUUCCCUAAUGGGCAUUUUCGGGGACAAUCAGAUACCAUUAAGUUCUCCCAAGCGCUGGCUACUCCUUUGUUUCCAGAAGUCGACAAACUCUUAGCGUUGUUCAAGGAUUCCAGCCAAGAGUUGGUUGAUCUUCGAAAACAGAUCGAUGGUAAACUUUACAAUCUCAAGAAAGAUGUUGCUGCCCAAGAUUUCAAGCAUCGCAAGACACUUGCUGAGUUGGAAAAAGGCGUAGAUGGCCUGUUCACCAGUUUUGCAAGGUUAGAUUCGCGCAUUUCAAGUGUUGGACAGACUGCUGCGAAAAUUGGAGAUCAUCUGCAAAGUGCAGAUGCCCAAAGGGAAACUGCUAGUCAAACAAUAGAGUUGAUAAAGUACUUGAUGGAAUUCAAUGGCAGCCCUGGUGACUUAAUGGAGCUUUCCCCAUUAUUUUCUGAUGAUAGUCGUGUUGCAGAGGCGGCCUCAAUUGCACAAAAAUUGCGGUCAUUUGCUGAGGAAGAUAUUGGACGACAGGGGAUUUCUGUACCGUCAAUUGUAGGAAAUGCAACUGCCAGCAGGGGUUUGGAAGUUGCAGUUGCGAACCUUCAGGACUACUGUAAUGAGUUGGAGAACAGAUUGCUGUCUCGUUUCGAUGCAGCAUCACAAAGAAGAGAAUUAUCUACUAUGGCUGAAUGUGCUAAAAUUCUUUCACAGUUUAACAGAGGUACUAGUGCCAUGCAACAUUAUGUGGCAACACGUCCCAUGUUUAUCGAUGUUGAAAUUAUGAAUGCGGACACCAGAUUGGUCCUUGGUGAGCAGGGUUUGCAGGCCACUCCGAACAAUGUUGCUCGUGGGCUAUCUUCCUUGUACAAAGAAAUUACAGAUACUGUAAGAAAAGAAGCUGCAACUAUAAUGGCAGUAUUUCCUUCUCCGAAUGAUGUUAUGUCAAUCUUAGUCCAGCGUGUAUUGGAGCAACGGGUCACAGCUCUUUUAGACAAGUUACUGGUGAAGCCAUCCCUCGUGAAUCUUCCUCCAAUGGAAGAAGGCGGGCUGUUAUUGUACCUUAGAAUGCUGGCGGUGGCAUAUGAGAAGACACAACAGCUUGCUAGAGACCUACGAGCUGUUGGAUGUGGUGAUUUGGACGUCGAAGGCCUCACGGAGUCUUUGUUUUCUACUCACAAGGAGGAGUAUCCGGAGCAUGAGCAGGCAUCUCUCACACAGCUGUAUCAGGCUAAGAUGGAAGAGUUACGUACUGAGAAUCAGCAAGGUUCUGAGUCAUCUGGUUCUAUAGGACGUGCGAAAGGAGCUUCGAUGUCAACUUCGCCUCAGCAAAUUUCUGUUACUGUUGUUACCGAGUUUGUGCGAUGGAAUGAGGAAGCAAUUUCUCGUUGCACUUUAUUCUCCUCUCAACCUGCUACUUUGACGGCCAAUAUAAGAACUAUAUUUACUUGUCUGCUUGAUGAAGUCAGUCAGUAUAUCACAGAUGGCCUUGAACGGGCUAGGGAGAGCUUGACCGAGGCAGCUGCUUUGAGGGAAAGGUUUGUGCUGGGUACAAGUGUUAGUAGAAGAGUGGCUGCUGCAGCUGCUUCCGCAGCAGAAGCAGCAGCAGCAGCUGGUGAAAGCAGUUUCAAAUCUUUCAUGGUUGCUGUACAACGUUGUGGUAGUAGUGUGGCAAUAGUCCAGCAAUACUUUGCAAACUCGAUUUCCCGGCUCUUGCUCCCGGUGGAUGGUGCCCAUGCUGCUUCAUGCGAAGAGAUGUCAACAGCUAUGUCUACUGCAGAGGCUGCAGCCUAUAAAGGACUGCAACAGUGCAUCGAAACUGUAAUGGCUGAGGUUGAGCGGUUGCUUUCUGCUGAACAGAAGGCUACGGAUUAUAGGUCUCCUGAUGAUGGAAUGGCUCCUGAUCAUCGGCCAACAGUUGCUUGCACGAGAGUUGUGGCUUACCUUUCUCGCGUGCUUGAAUCUGCGUUUACUGCUCUUGAAGGUCUUAACAAGCAAGCUUUCUUAACCGAGCUGGGAAAUCGGUUCCACAAAGGCCUCCUCAGCCACUGGCAGAAGUUCACUUUCAAUCCUAGCGGAGGUCUACGUCUGAAGCGUGACAUAACAGAGUACGGAGAAUUUGUGCGCAGUUUUAACGCUCCUUCUGUUGAUGAAAAUUUCGAGUUACUGGGCAUCAUGGCCAAUGUCUUCAUUGUUGCUCCUGAAAGUCUCUCAAGUCUAUUUGAGGGUACCCCAAGCAUUCGGAAAGAUGCACAAAGGUUUAUCCAGCUCAGAGAGGAUUACAAGAGUGCAAAACUCGCAUCUCGUCUUAGCUCUCUGUGGGUCAACUCAAACUGAUACGUCCUUAAAUCCGAGCUACGACCUUGUAAGUCUCGUACUUUCACAUCCGUUAAGCAUUCUAUAAGCUGCACGUCCUAAUUAUAUGCCCAAAUUCGUUGGUAGUAUUGGUAGAGAGUUGGAAAGGUUGAGGGAAUAGUUUAUCAUCCUUUGGUUACUGUUUAUUAUUAUAUUCUUUUGGGGGAAAAAUAAUCCAACUUUGAACACAUUUUUUCUUAAGUUAGGAGUAAGGUGAUAGUUUCAUUAUUAAGAUUCAAUUCUUAGGUUGAUUUGUGGGACAGGGAACUGAAUUAUCUCCCAUGGUGGUUCUUAUCAGCUGUAAAUGAUUUUGCUUUUGGUUCUGC